UCCUCCUCUUCCUCAAAAGAACCUAUCGAUGGCGGAUCGUGUGAAAGGCCCGUGGAGCCAAGAAGAAGACGAGCAGCUACGGAGGAUGGUGGUGGAGAAACACGGACCGAGGAACUGGUCGGCGAUAAGCAGAUCGAUCCCAGGUCGAUCCGGCAAAUCGUGCCGAUUACGGUGGUGCAACCAGCUGUCUCCGGAGGUCGAGCACCGUCCGUUCUCGUCGGAGGAAGACGAGACGAUCGUCUCCGCCCGCGCGAAGUUCGGCAACAAGUGGGCCACCAUCGCCCGUCUUCUCAACGGGCGCACGGACAACGCCGUGAAGAACCACUGGAACUCGACGCUCAAGCGAAAGUUCGUAGCCGGAGGAGGAGGAGACUGUGAUGUCGUCGUCGCGAAGAGGAGAUCGGUGAGCUCUGAGUCUUCUCCUCCGGUGGACACUGGGUUGUACUUGAUCAGCCCUGAGAGUCCCACCAGCACGAUUCCAUCUCCGCCGUCUCCAAUGCCGGUGCCGUCGCCGGUGGGGAUGUCUUCGACGGAGGAGGAUCCGGCGACGUCGUUGAGCCUGUCGCUGUCCCUUCCCGGAGCUGAUGUCGGCCAGGGGUCGAGGAACACGGGUUCGAGCAGCAGCAACAACGCGUUGCUGUUUCAGCGGUUUGAGAGUCAGAUGAGGAUUGAUAGUGUAGAGGCGGUGGGUAGAGAUGAGUUUAUGAGGGUGGUGCAGGAGAUGAUUAAGGCGGAAGUGAGGAGUUAUAUGUCGGAGAUUCAGAAAGAUAGUGGUGGAUUCGCUGUCGGAGGAGGUGGAGGUUUAUACGGAACUGGUAACUGCGGUUUCAGGGAUAGUGGAUUAUUACCAAAGGUCGAGUAGUUUUUGGCAUGUGAGAGAGAGUUAAGUAGUCAUCGAUUUGGAGAUUUGAAGAGCAAUUCAGUUUCGGGUUGUGGUCAAAUUAAAAAAAGAAAAUGUACAGUGGAAUUAAAUUUGGAUGAUAUAAAGUUUAAUGGAAUAAUCUUUAUUCAACA